AUGGUGUCCGAAGACUUCUGGAGACAGCUACUGCUGGUGUUGCCUCUGACGGCGGUGAUGGGUGUUCUUCUUGGCCUGAACAUUAUCUUGGCUUUGCGCCGCCAAGCGAGGGCGCUGCAGGAUCUGGCCAGGCACCUGGCGCUUGAGAAGUGCGACUCUAUCCGAAGGUCUGUGAGAAACCUGGAUACUUUUCUGUUUCCGAUGUGUUUAGUGGAGCUGCCAGAGUUCUUGCAGAUGGGCCAAUUGGUUCGCCACGAAGUCGCGAGGGAAGCUGGGCAGUUGCGGUGUUUCGAGUCUCACGAGGCCGACGGGGUGUCGGCCUCCUCGGGCACCGUCUUCGUGAGUCAUCAGUGGGCUGGCUUCGAUCACCCCGACCCUGAGGGCCGACAAUACAGCUCCAUACUGCUGGCCCUGCAGGGGCUGCAGGAGAGGGGCAUCGCCUGUGGCUACAUCUGGGUGGACUACACAUCCAUUCCGCAGGUGAAUGAGUUUCAACAGCAAGCAGCUGUCAACUCCUUGGCCGUCUACGCUUCUCACUGCUCCGUGCUGGUGGCGGUGGCUCCUACCUGCACGCACGCCGACACGGGCGCAGAGGUGAACCUGCAGACCUACGGUUCGCGCGGUUGGUGCCGGCUUGAGCUUCUGAGCUACAAGACGGGGUCUGGCCUCCGUUCAGGGGAUGCAACCAUAUACAUCUGCGAUGACAGCGGCCUCAGAAAUGGUGCCGCCGACGAGUCUAUUGCGGAUCAGAGCAUACUCCACGUGCUCGGUGGCUCCUUCACAUGCUGCAGCCGGAAGCACCCGGACAACAUGCCCUGCGACCGACAUAAGAUCAGGGAUGUGCUUCUCGGUAUUUAUUGGAGGCUCAGCUGCAUCAAACGGGAUGGCGACCUGGUCCUAGCUUCGUGGGCAAGAGAGAUGCUUCAGAUUGCUGACACUGACACCGAGAAGUAUUUCCCGAGCCACAGCAUGUAUCGAACAGCGAGCGGCGCACAGCUGCAGGAGCAUUUUGAUGGGUAUUUGCCCUUGCUGCGGGAGAUGUUCGCUACUGACUCGGAACAGGGCAGCGACAGCGACCAGCACGCCUUUGUCCGAGGGACUUUCUUUACUGUUUGA